AUGGCGUCCUAUAAGCUGCUGGACCAGGAGGAAGAAGGCAUGAAACUCUACACCCUCCACAAAUCGCGCCUGCUCAACGUCGAAGAAAAACCAUUCAAGCGCAUCACCAAACGCCUCCUUGCCAGCGACUCUCUGAUAACGACGCCCCUCUCGCUCCCUCCAACACCGCCUCCAGACGCCGGUGCAGCGGAUGACGACGAAGACGAAGAACAACAACGACGCAGGCACAAACGGAUCGAAGAAUGGCGGCAAUUCAAGGAAGCCGUUACCCUCGACUUUGCCGCCUUCGAGAGCAGCAUCGCGCGCAUACAAUUCCUCCUCACAAACAACGAGAAGGAGCGCGAGCGCUACGCCGCCCAGAAACUCCGCAUCCAGUCCACCGCACAGGACGUGCGCGACAACACGGUCGAGCUCCGCACCCAGCUCGAAGCGGCGCAAAAACAACUCAAUCUACGCAAGACCUACGACGAGCUAACGGAGAAGAUUACGAGCAACCGGCUCCUUCGACCGCGCGAGGACCAAAAGGCGAACCUGGAGAAAUUGCAGGUCGAGAUUCUGGAGCUGGAGAAGGAAAGCAGGGAAUACGCCGAGACGUGGUCGGAGCGGCGUGAGCAGUUUGGUCGUAUUGUCGAGGAAGGAUUGCAGCUCCGUCGCCUCAUUCGUGACGAGAAGGAGGAAGUCGAGCGGAGAGAAGGGAUGCAGGAAGGCGAUGGCGGGGAUGGCGAUGAUGAUACCAAGGGAGGAGGAGGAGGUCUUAGUGGAGUGAAUACUCCCCGGCCGGAGUCUGAGGCGGCACAGUCACAGUCUACAGAGGAGCCGACUACUCUCAGACUACAAGCGGAUCGACUGCAGGCAGAGACAACGGGUGCCGCGUCGCCGCUGCGGCAGUCGAUAUCUGUCUCGGAAGAAAAGGUCGGGGAGGAUGUGGAUAUGGCAGAUGAGGGGGAGGUGGAUGAACUGGAGGAAGGAGAAGCUGACGAAAGAGAUGGGGUGAUGGACACGACGUAG